AUGGCGUCCAUGAGCGCUCAAAGAGCCUCUUCAUCUUCAACACCUCGAUGGAUAUACGAUGUUUUUCUCAGUUUCUACGGCCAAGACACCCGCAAUAGCUUUACGGACCAUCUAUAUGCUGCUUUGAUACAGAAGGACAUUAUCGCGUUUAGAGACGAUGAAAAACUCGAGCCAGGAAAAUAUGUUUCUGAAGAGCUCUUGAUAGCAAUAGAAGCAUCCAUCUGCGCGGUCGUUAUUAUCUCAGAAAACUAUGCUUCCUCUAAAUGGUGCUUGAAUGAACUUGCCAAGAUUGUCGAACGCAGGAGAGAGACAGGGCUGGAAGUUUUUCCCGUUUUCUACCAUGUGGAUCCCUCUGACGUGCGAGAGCAGAAGAAGAGUUUUGCAAAAGCUUUUGCUAGACAUAGAGAGGACCCCGAGGUUGACGAAGCGAAGAUGAUGACGUGGAGAGAUGCUUUGAGAGAUGUGGAUAAUACCGUCGGAUGGCAUGCACAUGAUAGGUAA